AGCGCCGGGAGCGUGGCGGGGAGGGAAGUGGGCCCCGGCCCUGGGUGGGCUCGGCUUGUGGCGGAGUUGGCGGGCUUUCCGGACCCAGGUCGACGCGACCACAGGGUCAGAAAGAUGCUACCAAGUACUUCAGUGAAUUCCUCAGUGCAGGGGAAUGGAGUCUUGAAUUCCAGAGAUGCAGCAAGACACACAGCUGGAGCCAAACGCUACAAAUACCUCAGAAGGCUUUUUCGUUUUCGGCAGAUGGAUUUUGAGUUUGCUGCCUGGCAAAUGCUCUACCUGUUCACUUCUCCACAGAGGGUUUACAGGAACUUUCAUUACCGGAAACAGACAAAGGACCAGUGGGCCAGAGAUGACCCUGCUUUCUUGGUCUUAUUAAGUGUCUGGCUGUGUGUGUCCACUAUAGGAUUUGGCUUCGUGUUGGACAUGGGAUUUUUUGAGACAAUAAAGCUUCUUCUAUGGGUGGUAUUCAUAGAUUGUGUAGGCGUUGGCCUUCUGAUAUCAACUUUAAUGUGGUUCAUCUCCAACAAGUAUUUAGUAAAACGGCAGAGCAGAGAUUAUGAUGUAGAGUGGGGCUAUGCCUUUGACGUGCAUCUGAAUGCUUUUUAUCCACUCCUAGUGAUCUUGCAUUUUAUCCAGUUGUUUUUCAUCAACCAUGUUAUCCUAACAGAUACAUUUAUUGGAUAUUUAGUUGGAAAUACUUUAUGGUUGAUUGCAGUUGGCUAUUAUAUCUACGUAACCUUCCUAGGAUACAGUGCACUGCCAUUUUUGAAAAACACAGUAAUUCUUCUCUACCCGUUUGCACCUCUCAUUCUACUAUAUGGGCUGUCGCUAGCCCUAGGAUGGAACUUUACCCAUGCUCUCUGUUCUUUCUACAAGUACAGAGUGAAGUGAAGAAGUGGCAAUACUACUGUCUGCAGUAUUGGGGAAGUGAGUUUUUGUAAAGCUUGUAAAUAUCUUUGUAGAUAUCCUUUAGCUGUAAAGGUGACAGGUUAACACUAUUGUCAACAUUCCUUAAGACUAAUUAAAUGUACAUUUCUGUAAUAAAUAUUUUUAAAGCAUA